UUUACUCAGAGUCGGAACAAUCAAGUUUAUUUAGCCGUAGACGGAGUGAGAUUUGGAUAUUUAAUGAUAUUUAAUAAUUUUCACCGACGGAGAAUAAGCUCAUGACUAUAUUGCGCUUUUGAGAAAUGCUCUUUUGAGAAACUUGCACUUUACGACCAACUAAAGCGAUGGACUUGUCUCCUGUCUGCACUGAGGGCAUCAGCACAGAUGGAUGCAUUAUCAAAUCUAACAGAGGUCACAGGAAAAGCAAAGUCUCGAGGGAUGUGGAGAUGGACAUUGAGUCCCUCUAUAAAGCUGUUCCUCAGCUGGCAAAGGUUUUCCGCAUCAUAGACAAAAUUGGAGAAGGUACAUUCAGCUCAGUGUACCUGGGUGAGGCUCAGAUGCGGGAUGGGAGUAGAGAGAUGUUCGCCCUGAAGCACCUCAUCCCAACCAGCCAUCCUACACGCAUUGCUGCUGAGCUUCAGUGUCUCACUGUUGCUGGAGGAAGAGAGAAUGUGAUGGGGGUGACGUACUGCUUCCGGAAGGAGGACCAUGUGGUGAUUGUCAUGCCCUAUAUGGAGCAUCAAGCUAUUGUGGACAUCAUCGGCUCGCUGACCUUUGAAGAGGUCCGUCUGUACAUCUACCACCUGUUGAAAGCUCUGAGACACAUCCACCAGUUUGGUAUCAUUCACCGUGACAUCAAACCAAACAAUUUCCUCUACAACAGGAAAAACGAAAUGUAUGCCCUGGUGGACUUCGGCCUGGCUCAGGGAACAGCGGACACCCAGAUCGAGCUGCUGAAGGUGGUGAGGCAGAGGCCAUCGCAGAAAGGUGGAGGGAAACAGGACACCACACAGCGGAGCAAAGCACCACCUAGAAUCCAUCCCAAAACUACCACCAUCACCACAGCCUCAACCUCACUACCUCUGCCCCCACGUCAAUCCACGGCCCUGCCACGUUCUUCCUCUUCUUCCUCCACUACUACCAUCACUGCCACAUCUUCCUCAGCCUCUCGGAAAGCACUAAUUAGAAAAGCACGUUCUGUCACCACCACCGCCACCUCCUCCACUUCUCGCACAAAACACACAAAGGAUUUGACAGCGCUAUGCAAAGUGCCACGGCCUGUGUUUGGAGAGAAGAACCUGAACAGCUGCACUCCAGCUCCCUCCACCACCAAACAAGCUGCCAUUAAGACAGAAGUGGUAAAGCUCAUCAAAACAGAGGACCCAGCCAACCGAAGGUACUCCUCAGCCAGCCGGGGGCCUCUGCCUGUCAGGACCCAGAGCAGCAGUCAGAAACCUCAGAGAACUGUACAGCAGAGCCUCACCUGUAACUGCUACCUGACCGACCGUGUCUGUAAUAUCUGCAUGUCAAGGAAGCAGCAGGUGGCACCCAGGGCUGGGACCCCAGGCUUCAGAGCACCUGAGGUCCUCACCAAGUGUCCCAACCAAGGGACAGCCAUAGACAUGUGGUCAGCAGGUGUGAUCUUCCUCUCGCUGCUCAGUGGUCGUUACCCGUUCUUCAAAGCCAGUGACGACCUGAUCGCUCUCACUCAGAUCAUGACCAUACGAGGCUCCAGAGAAACCAUCCAGGCCGCCAAGUCAUUUGGUAAGGCGGUGGUGUGCAGUCGGGAGCUACCUCGGCAAGAUCUCAGAACACUGUGCGAUACACUUAGAGGACGAAGACCAUCACCAGAUGAUGAAGUCACACCACUCCCUGGGGACAGCAGAGGCUCCACAGCCACCCGCCAUCAAAAAAUCCAAGAUGAUACACCCACACACCGUCCCACUGAAAGACCAUCAAAGCAACAUAAAGAUGGAGCAGGUGAAACUCCUCCGCCUCCCUCAUCUAACCUCACAAACCAUCAGGAACAUUCAGUCAGCAAAGAAACCUCCUCUGAGGCAGGCUGCAAGGUGGAGGACGAUGAGCGGGGCUGGGACAGAGUCCCCGAUGAAGCCUAUAACUUGCUGGACCGGUUGUUAGACUUGAACCCCGCCACCAGGAUCACAGCUGCUCAGGCACUGCAGCACCCGCUGUUCAAAGACCUGUGACUGAACGAGGAGUCUCAUGUCAACAUCACAAAGCUGCUUGGCUUCAGGAUGCGGUUCAGGUAUGGAAAAGUGUGUUAGACAGAGUCAUUUCAGUACAUUGGAGUAUAAUGAACUUCCAUUGUCCUUGUGAGGAGACAUUACCUGAAGAAGGCAACAGAGAUCUGGUAAAUCUUUGUGGAAAGUUUUACAUGGGCAUUUUAAAGGGCUCUAGGAUUGACUUUAGACAUUAAAUUGGCUGUUAUGUAAAUGGAUCAACAGUUUUAAAUGUAGACAAGAUACCAUACCAGCUCAUUACCAUUGUGUGCAGCAUGAAAGGGCUUUUAAUCUGAAGGUGUGUUUGAAUUCCAUCUGUAUUUUAUGUAUGUAAGUAUGGAUGAUGCUGUUUCAUCUGUGUUAAUUUAUACCACUGAAAAAUGAACCGUCUGGCUCGCUGUACUUUCUAAUGUACAGUGUAUUAGAUUUUCUAAUAAAACCA